AAUUAAACCAACUGGAGGAUAGAAGUGUGAAGAAGAGGUGCAAGAGGCCCUUCUUGCAAGAUGGGCCACUUUACCUGGAUGGGGAGCUGGCUGCUGCUGUUGCUCGUCGCAUCCUCUGUCCUCGUGCGCGCCUCUGAGAACGACGAUUUGGUGUUCGACCAGGAUGGCAAGCAGUUCUUCGACGAAGCUCCCCUAAUCGAGACAUAUCAACAGCAGUCCCUUCUACGUAGGAUAACAAGAGGAAUUCUGGACUUUUUCACUCCUUACUCGAGCUCGAGCAAUACUACCGAGGCUCCAGCUGAAAAAGACGAUGCGGACAACGAGGAUGAAUUUAGGCAGCCAGUCGAACCUGAAGAGUCAGAACCAAAAGUAUCUAGUGUCAAGGCUUCAGAGAAGGAUGACUGGCUGUCUCAUGACAGCAGAGAAGAUACGAGGGAUGCUGAUGAGGAUAACGAGAUUGGACCCGCUGCAGAAGGUCACAGAGAGCCAAGCAAGUUUGGGAACAUGGACGAUGAAGACCUGGCGGGGUCUGGAGAGGUCGAGGGUAGUGCUACAGAGACAGAUUUCAAGCCUAAUAGUUCGCCCAAGGGUGAGAUAAGGUACUACAGGAUAACCCUGACGGUGGUUGAGCCAUAUAGGAGGGAAUACGGGGACAGGAACAGCAAGGAAUCUAAGGAACUGAGUGGCAAUUUGACGGAGCCUCUGGAACUGUUGCUGAAUCGCCAUGUCCCCCACGAGGAGCAUCAUGUGAACGUGAUAAAGAUAUCGCCAGCAACCGACAACUUCAUGUCACUAGUUACUCUAGACAUCGGCUCGACGUUCACGGAUGAGUUGGAGGUGCAGAACAUACUCGAGCUAACGCUGCGCUUGCAUUCGUUGGGUAACGUCAAAGUGCGUCCGGAAGGAUUCUCGUUCAGAAUAUUCCAAGGACCACUCGGGGAACCUGAAUGUGAUCCAUCAACCGAGUUACGCUGUAGAAACGGUGUAUGCGUACCAUUAGAUUCAAGAUGCGACGGGAUUUCCCAAUGUGAGGACGGCUCCGACGAGCAAGACUGUCCCAACGCUAAUACAGAGCGUACAGACUUGAAACCCACAACCGACGAGGAAGGUAGCGGAGCUUAUGACAACCCUACAGGAACCGACAGGAAUAAGUGUCGAGCCGAUGACACGGUACGUUGUAGCGAUCAAAGUCGCUAUAUCUGCUCCGUGCAGAAGUGCGACGGCGUUCCAGAUUGUGCCGAUGGCGGUGACGAAGUUGGUUGUUCUAAUUCAGAAUGCAGCACUGGGGAAUUCGCCUGCGACGUCUCUAGAUGUAUUCCGGAGUCCGAGAAGUGCAACUUUGUCAAAGAUUGCUCCGAUGGGAGCGACGAACACGACUGCAACUAUCCUGCCUGCACAGCCACACAAUUCAGAUGCAGAAACGAUAAGUGUAUCAACAGCAGCGAACAGUGUAAUGGCAUCAACGAUUGUUUGGAUGGUUCCGACGAAGAGAACUGCCCUUGCCCGAAGAACCAAUUCGAAUGCACCCCAGGCUUUUGCGUGUCCUCGAGGAAAUGGUGCGACGGUGUCAGGGAUUGUAGCAAUGGAAAGGAUGAGGAAAAUUGUUUGCGAAUUCGAUGUCGGUCAGACCAGUUCGAGUGCUACGACGGAGAGUGUGUGAGUCUGAGCGCGAAAUGCGACGGAAGAUCAGAUUGCCGAGAUCGUUCUGACGAAUACAAUUGCAACGUGACCACCUGCAGCAGCGAUCAGUUCAGGUGUCAAGACGGAAGCUGCAUCAGCAUCGAGAAAAGGUGCAACCAUCACGUCGACUGUCGUAACGGCGAGGAUGAGAACCAGUGUGAAUGUCCCGACGGUGAACGGUCCUGCGACAACGGAGUCUGCAUCAGCUGGAAGUUCAUAUGCGACGGCCAUGUCGACUGUCUCGAUGGCAGCGACGAACACGGCUGCACCGAUGUCGGCACUCCACCACCAGAAUGCAGCUACGACGAGUUCAGUUGCCUGAACAGAGACUGCAUCCCGCGUUCAGCUGUGUGCGAUGGUCGCGUAGACUGCCCGGACGAAGAAGACGAGGCAAACUGUCCUAGAGGAUGCGGUCAAGAUCAGUUCCAAUGUGCCAACGGACACUGCAUCAGAGCUGAUCAGAAGUGCAACAAGUACAUAGAUUGUACUGAUGGCUCUGACGAGCCAGAAGGGUGUGAGGAUAUAACGACGACGAAACCAGCGCCUGGCCGUUGUCUACCUGGCUAUUUCAUGUGUGCCAUUGACAAAAACUGUGUACCACAGUCAUCCAGAUGCAAUGGAAUUCCUGAAUGCAGGGACAGAUCUGACGAAGAGAAUUGCUAUAAACCGACAGACGCGGCACACCUCAAUCUGAAGACCUAUCCAAGCGAACAAGUAAUCAAAGAGAGUAGAGAAGUGGUAUUCCAAUGUCGUGACGAGGGUCCACUUCGAGCAAGGGUACGCUGGCUACGUGGUAACAACCUUCCUUUACCUCCUCAAAGCCAAGACAAAAAUGGACGCCUUGAGAUCCCGAAUAUUCAGUUGGCACACAGUGGACAGUACAUCUGCGAGGCUGUUGGCUAUCCUCCGUCUACACCGGGUCAACAAGUGAGCGUCUAUCUCACUGUGGAGAAGUUUGAACCACCAUCGACGAUCAAGCCCCAUAUAUGCCAGUACGACGAGGCCACCUGCGGCAAUGGCGAUUGCAUUCCCAAAUCUCAUGUGUGCAACGGCAGAGUGGAUUGUACCGAUGGCUCCGAUGAAAUGCGUUGCAGUCCACACGGCUGUGAACCAAAUGAAUUCCGCUGCAACAAUACCCAGUGUGUUGGUAAAGUGUGGCGCUGUGACGGUGACAACGACUGUGCUGACGGCAGUGACGAGGAGAAUUGUGAUGGAAGCUUGCCAGACUCUUCAUGUCGCAUCACUGAGUUUGCAUGCGCCAGCAAUGACCAGUGUAUACCCAAAACCUUCCAGUGUGAUCAAGAAAAAGACUGUCAGGACGGCAGUGACGAGAUAGGAUGUUCUCCUGUGUACAUAGUAAAGCCUCCUGAACCGAUGUUAACACUAGAAAUAGGGGAGGUUCUGAUAAUUACGUGCACAGCCAUCGGUGUGCCCACUCCCGAGAUCAGUUGGCGUCUGAACUGGCGCCAUGUUCCCUCCAAGUGCACCAUGACAUCGGUCGAUGGCGUUGGAAUUCUCACUUGUCCUGAUAUUCAGCCAGAAGACCAAGGAGCUUACUCCUGCGAGGCGUUGAACAGCUCUGGUUUUGUAUUCGCCAUCCCAGACGCGAUUGUCAUGGUGAACACACAUGGAGACCCUUGUCCCAAAGGGACGUUCAACUCUGAGGCGAGAAGCGUAGACGAGUGCAUCGCUUGCUUCUGCUUCGGCGUGGCCACAGAGUGUAAAAGCGCGAAUCUCUUCACCUAUCAGAUCCCACGACCUUUCGAUCGACCUAAAAUCCUAUCUUUAAAGCACUUGGGCAGUGAACAGGUAGAAGAUAUCAGCAGGCAUAUUCAGAACCUAAACUCUGUAGGCCGCGACGGUGUACAGUUGUAUGGACAGGCGCUGUAUACGGAACUGUUGAACGACAGAAAUAUUGCUUACUUUCCCCUGCCUGAGGACUAUCAUGGUAACCAGUUGAAUUCCUACGGUGGCUACCUGAAGUACAGAGUACGCUACAAUGGCACUGGUGUGCAGAACUUAGCGCCUUCUGUCGUUAUGAUGGGAAACAAAUAUGUCCUAUCUCACAGAGGGAAACAAUUGAUACCGCAUUAUGACCAUGAGGAGUCUGUCAGGUUUUUCGAUGGAGAGUGGUACAAGCAGCAAGGCAUGAACGAAGCCGUUCCUGCCACCAGACAGGAAAUCAUGAUGACUCUCGCCAAUGUGCAGAAUAUUUUGAUUAAGGCACAGUACGAUUCUUCUCCGUUUUUGGACGCCCGGAUUACUCAUAUAGUCAUGGACACUGCUGACGUGAGGAAUACUGGACUUGGAUCAGCAUCCUAUGUAGAGGAAUGCCAGUGUCCUUCAGGAUACACUGGUCUAUCGUGCGAGGAAUGUGCCCCAGGUUACCUGAGGAGAGAAACCGGAGCCUGGCUUGGUCAGUGCUACAGAGACGAACCACCAUGUCCUCCAGGAUACUAUGGAGAUCCUACGAGGAACAUCCCUUGCCAGACAUGCCCCUGUCCACUUACCAAUCCUUCCAAUCAAUUUGCACGCACUUGUCACCUUGCAUCCGAUGGCUAUCCAACCUGUGAUUGUCCACCAGGCUACGUGGGUCGCAGAUGUGAACAGUGUGACCACGGCUACCAAGGAAAUCCCCUUAUCCCAGGGGAUAUGUGCAUUCCUACACCGCAAUGCGAUCCUGAUGGCAGUCUGAGCUCAGUUGCUGAUCCCAUUACCGGAAAAUGUCGAUGCAAGCAAUACACGACGGGGCUGACUUGUAACCAAUGUAAGGCGAAUACGUUUAAUCCGUCGUCGAAAAAUCAAUUCGGCUGCAUCGGCUGCUUCUGCAUGGGCAUCACCGAAAAAUGUGUCUCCUCCAACUGGUAUAGAAGCGAGAUUGCAGUCUCCUUCACCAACUCUGCCAGAGGCUUCCACUUGAUCGAAUCCAAGACAUCAGAUGCGCCACCGAUCGUAAAAGAAAUCAUUGUGGAUCAGGUGGCCCGUGAGAUCCUUUACAAUGAAUUCUUAAACCGUGGAAACAACGAUGUCUACUACUGGCAGCUGCCCAGCAUUUUUCUGGGCAACCGGGUCACCUCUUACGGAGGAAACCUCAAAUACACUGUCCGCUACGUGCCUGCACCUGGUGGCCAAAGCUCCAAGAACAACGCUGCUGACGUGGAACUGAUCAGCGCAAACGACAUCAAUCUGUUGUACUUUUCCCGCGAGUCUCCUGAGCCAAACUCUCGACAAACCUUCAUUGUUCCUCUCUUGGAGCAAUAUUGGCAACGCAACGAUGGAACACAAGCUGACAGAGAGCAUUUAUUAAUGGCUCUGGCUGAUAUUCGUGCUAUUAGAAUCAAGGCCACGUACACUACGCAUACAGAUGAGACAGCGUUGUCACUAGUAUCCCUCGACACAGCUGAGAAAUAUAACACAGGACUAUCUAGAGCUGUAGAAGUGGAAGAAUGCAAUUGUCCAGUGGGUUACAAAGGAUUAUCAUGCGAGGAUUGUGACGUUGGAUUCACCAGAGCUAGCGAGGGUCUCUAUCUAGGCUUGUGCAAACCUUGCUUCUGUAAUGGCCACUCUAGCCAGUGUAAUCCUGAUACUGGAACGUGCGAAAAUUGUGCUCAUCAUACCACUGGGGAGUACUGCGAAUUGUGUGAGCGAGGAUACCAGGGUGACACGACUCGAGGAAGUCCUCACGACUGUGUAUUCACAGGCGACAAUCGUACUUGCGUCUGUGAUGAGGCUGGCUCGCGAACUGGUCUGUGCAUAGAGGACAGAUGCGAUUGCAAACGAAACGUAGACGGUCCUGAAUGCAAUAGAUGUCGUCCAGGCACGUUUGGUCUCUCCGCAGACAACCCUGCCGGGUGUAGCGAGUGCUAUUGCAGCGGUGUGACCACUCAGUGUCACGAGAGUUCGCUAUAUGUACAACAGAUACCUGUCUGGGUCUACGACAACAAGCACGGAUUCACUUUAACGGACUCGACGAGGAUUGAGAUCAUUGACGAUGGUUUCGAGCUGAACAUCGCCAUGAACGAAUUAGGCUAUCGUUAUCCAGACAGUCGGGGACGCAGGCUGUUUUGGUCUCUGCCCGCAAUAUUCACCGGUAACCAGGUGAAGAGCUAUGGUGGCAAUCUGACGCUCACGCAACAUAUCACCGCAUACCCUGGAGCCCAAAGUUACAAAGAUCAGGAUAUUAUACUAAUUGGAAAUGGAAUUACACUGUUUUGGACGAAUCCUAUCGAUAUCCAGCCUGAUAUCCCAUUGUCCUACUCAGUACCACUCAGAGAAUUCGAAUGGAAACGUUUGACCAUGGAGGGGCCUCGAGUGGCUUCUAGGAUCGACAUGAUGACAGUGCUCUCUAACCUAGAAGCAAUUCUGGUCCGUGCAACGCACAGUGAGCGAAUGACAGCCACUUAUAUCAGCGAUAUAAGCCUAGACACAGCUGUGGAUCAUCAGACAGGCAACAGAAGAGCUGUCCAAGUGGAGGUCUGUCGUUGUCCAACGGGUUACAUUGGCACAUCCUGCGAAUCUUGCGCUAGAGGCUAUUAUAGGGAUACUAGUGACCGGUCAGCAAGCUACCUGGGUACCUGCAACCUAUGUCCUUGCAACAACAACGAGGAGAGCUGUGUACUGACACGUAGUGGUCAAGUGAAGUGUCACUGUCUGCCUGGAUACGUGGGCCAGUACUGUCAGGACACUGGUGAUCUGAUGGUAAGUCUAAUGCCAAUGAAUCCCGUGGUGAAAGCGAACUCGUGGGUCAUAUUCACGUGCAGCUACGAAUCCAUGGAACCGUUCUAUAUCUCGUUUAAUCUCACUUCCUUCGAUGACAAGCCUUUAACCGCGAGUUGCGCCAAACCAGGACCUAUAGAAAGAACUAAGAAGGGCGCGAUGAGGUCCUGGUACAUUUACAUCCGCCAGGAUCCGUUCAACGUCGAAUGCCACAUUCAGAAUCAUAAUGGAACCGUGCUGGUCAAGGUUAUAACGUCUGUCACAGCAGAAGAUACAAACCUAUCUAUCACCACGACACCACAUCCAACAAAUCGUCGACCUACGAUCGUGGUGUACAUCGAAGGACCUGAGCUCCAAAUCAUCGAGACUGGGGGCACUGUUAGGUAUCAUUGCUCUGGAAGAUCUUUAGAUAACGGAUCUCUGCACAUUAAAUGGGAGAAAGAGGGCGGUCAGUUACCACCAGGAAGAAGCGUGUACGACAACCACGGUUUGUUGAUCAUUCGAGACGUGAAAGUGUCUGACAGCGGAAUUUAUGUGUGUCAAGUGAGCGACGGUGUACACGUCGCCUUCAAGAACGUCACUCUGACCGUUGGAGCUUUUCCUCAAAGCUUACUAGAAAUCCCAGGUGUGCAUUCAACACCGCCAAGGAUAAUCGUGACGCCACCAAGCUUGCAAGUGUUGGAAGGAGAACAAGCCAAGUUCCGGUGCGAGGCCAGCGGGAAUCCACCACCGCAUAUCGAAUGGAUUCGCGUUCAUGGUCCAAUGAAUCCAGAAGCGACCGUCUACAAUGGUGUGUGGAACCUCAGGGCAGUUUCUAAGAGCGACGCUGCCAAGUACAAGUGCGUAGGGAGGAAUAACGUCGGUAUGGAUGAGAAAACAGUCAUUCUCUACGUCCUGGACAAUAGAAAUGUACCAGUAACACAAGGAAUACCACCCAUCAUUAUUCCACCAGAGUGGAUAGGAGUAGCUGGAGAAACUAUCACCAUUACCUGCAUUCCAUCACAGCCCAUCAACGUCACCUGGACUCGUCAGGAUAGCCUUCAAUUGCCUCACAGAGCCAGCCAACGCAAUGGAGUGCUAAAUAUAAGAAAUCCAACUCCAUAUGACUCAGGCAUAUAUGUCUGCACGGCCAGCAGCUUGGUUGGAACAGUAACCAGCAGCACGAUCAACAUCACAGUGCUACACAGACCUCCACCCACUAUCAUCACGCAGCCUGAGAAGCAGACAGUGCCACAAGGCAGUACAGCUGAAGUAAGGUGCGUCACAAGCGGAGAGUCGGCUCCGGAAAUUAGUUGGAAUAAGUAUCCAGGGGAGAUGAGUCCUAACGUGCAACAGAUAGGCAAUACUCUGAGAAUCGUCAACAUCCAGAUCGCUGAUAGGGGUGUGUACGUGUGUCGAGUGACAGGAGCAGGGCGUAGCCAUGAAGCUAGCGCCAUCAUCGAGGUCGAACCCAGAGAAACACCCCAAGUAGAGAUCUACCCUAAAGACGUGCCUCCAGUGACUCUGGGAGGUUCUACGGAUCUACAGUGCCGCGCAGUGGCGGGCAUUCCUACGCCAGAGCUCUACUGGGCUCACCAAGAUGGCAGACCAUUUCCCUUUAACGUCAAACAGCUUCCUGGAGGCGUGCUCAGACUGUCUAACGUCACAGCCAAUGACCGUGGCGCCUACGUCUGCUCCGCUGUCAAUUCUGUGGGCUCUAACUCCGCGGUGGUGUACAUAGAGGUGCAAUCUCUGCCAAUAAUCAUGAUUACCCCGCAAGCUGGCACCCUGACGGUGAAACCUGGCGAUUCAGUGCGCCUGACCUGCAACGCCAGCGGGUAUCCACAGCCUUCUGUUGCCUGGAGUAAGCACGUGAACGUGGUAUCAUUUAACCACGAAUUAAUAUCUCUACCACAAAGCGCUGUCUACGAGAUACAUUCCGUCUCACCUGACCACGAAGGUUCUUACAGCUGCCACGCGAAGAAUGCCGCUGGAUUCGUCGAAGAAAGCGUCUACAUCAGAGUGGAGGAUAAUGAGAUUUACCCGCCUUGCAGAGGCAAUACACCCUGCACUGACCCCGAUGAUAGUAUUCCCAUGGACUAUCUCAGGAUCCCAAAUGGCGGCAGAGUGGAGAUACAUUGCAGCGUGCAUGCCUACGAUGGCAAUCAUAUUUACCUGGAUUGGAAGAGGACGGACCAUAAGCCCUUGCCAGAGGGUAGCACGGUUCACAAUGGUGUUUUAAUUAUACCAGAAGUUGAAAAAAGCGCUGCCGGAGAGUACGUUUGCUCUGGCAUGGAUCAAGCUGGCAGUCCUCUCUUCAAAGCAAAAUCUCGCCUAGUAGUAUUAUCACCACCUAGGAUCGUGCUAAUUCCACCCAGACAGACAGUUCGUGCGGGAGAAAAUCCAUCGAUAGUCUGUAGAACCACAGGGGACGAGCCAAUGAACAUAGAAUGGGCAGCUAUAGGGCGCAGCUUGCCUUAUUCUGUUUCUGAUAAUCGUGGAGUCCUUCAGUUUCAUGGAAUCACCUACUCAGAUGCUGGAAAGUACCUCUGCAAGGCUACCAACGAAGCAGGAACCGCUGAGGCCGUAGCUGAAGUCCUGGUGAACGUUGCGGAGCACCAUUACGACGACGUGGACGUCAGAGCUACUGAGAGGGACGUUGUCGCGUAUGCUGGACAACCUGUGCGCUUACGUUGCGUAGUCAGGGAAAAAGCCACCAUAAACUGGUCCAGAGAGAGUCAAUCAUUGCCACCAACUGCCAGAAAAGAAGAUGAUUAUCUAGAAUUGCCAAGAGCUAGACCAGAAGAUAGUGGAAGAUAUAUUUGUCAAAUCCAGACAGCUCAUGGUGUUUCCAGUGACUAUAUUAACCUGAGCGUCUCGCCUUCUGUGACACCAGCAGUCAGCGUGGAGGUCUCACAAGACCCAGUCAACAUAGGGGAUACCAUCGAUAUAAGAUGUGCUUGUUCUGGAACCCGCAAUCCACGUUACCAUUGGUCCAGACCCAAUCAUCCAAACCUGCCAGAGAAUGCUCAAGAGUAUGGCAAUGUUCUUAGACUGCAUAACGUAGCUGUGAGUGACAGUGGUUUGUACAGAUGCACUGCAGAUACUCCUGAGGGAAUCUUUGAGCAAGAUUUCAACCUUGUUGUUCAUGGUGGAAACAACGAUGCACCAGCAAUCGAAACCAAGUAUGCUCCUUAUGGCUCUCUUCUAGAGAUGGACUGUCAUCCCAACUUGAAUCCACCCAUGAAGUUCCACUGGAGCAAACUUGGGGGCUUCCUGCCACGCGAUGCUCAAGCUUCCGAGAGCAAAUUGAAGCUAAUUAACAUCAAAGCAGAGGACGCAGGAACCUAUUUGUGCACGGUGAACAACGAUCUUGAGAAUAUAGAAAUUCCAACAGUGCUGGUAGUAACAGGAGUGGUUCCACACUUUAGCCAGGCACCACAAAGCUUCAUUGCUUUUCCACCUUUGUUUGACUCCUACCUGAAGUCCAAUAUCGAGGUCUCCUUCAAGCCAGAGAACUACGAUGGCAUCAUCCUGUACAAUGGAGAGUCCGAUCGUGGAAACGAUGACUUUAUUCUGCUGUCUCUGGUUGGAGGGUACCCACAAUUCAGCUUUGACCUGGGCUCUGGACCAGCCAUAAUUCGUGCAGAAAAGCCUGUCACCCUUAGCGAAUGGCACACCAUAAAGUUGCAGCGCAACAGGAAAGAAGGAACCAUGCUGGUCGAUGGAGAGGGACCAUACAAGGGCAUAGCAGCUGGUAGAAAGCAAAAAUUAGACCUGAAGGCUCGGCUAUUCAUUGGUGGUGUGCCCAGUGACUAUAUUAUCAACAAGUAUGCAGAGGUGAACAGUGGUUUCGUUGGAUGUAUCAGCAGAUUGGUGAUAGGGGAGAAGGAGAUGGACCUGAUUGGUGACCAAACAGACAGCACUGGAAUCACAAAUUGCGAGACCUGUGCUGAGAAUCCUUGCAACAAUGGCGGUGUUUGUCAGGAGGCUGCUACCAAGAAUGGCUACACCUGUCUAUGUCGUGCUGGCUAUAGUGGCAAGCAUUGUGACUACGUUGGCCAGUCCUGUUAUCCAGGUGCUUGUGGUGAGGGUAAGUGCGUGGACAAGGAGACAGGCUUCGAGUGCUACUGUCCCCAUGGCAAGACAGGUUCACGUUGCGAGAAUUCUAUGAAGAUUUACGAACCAGCCUUUCAUGAUGACAAGUCUUUCGUAGCACACGACACACCAAACGCUCUUAGACGGUUUAAGGUGGCGUUGAACUUAAAUCCUCUCGAGGAUAAAGACGGCAUCUUGAUGUACUGUUCUCAAAGUGACGAAGGACUUGGGGACUUUGUGGCCCUUGUGGUCAAGGACAAACGCGUGGAGUUUCGCUACGACAUUGGUUCAGGCCUGGCAAUCAUCAGAUCCAACCAUAUUCUUCAGCCUGGAGUAUGGACUCACGUUUCAGUGAACAGAGAUUUUAAAGAAGGGAACCUGACAGUAAAUGGAGAGCCCACAAUUGGAGGCAAGUCUCCAGGAAUUGCGCGUACCAUGUCUCUCAAUACACCCCUAUAUAUUGGAGGAGUUGAUCGCAGGAGAAUCAUAGUGCACAAAAAUACUGGUGUUGACAGAGCUUUUCGUGGUUGUAUCAGUGAUCUUGGAGUGUCUUCAGUGAACAUAGACAUACUGAAAUCAGCCAUAGAUUCAGCUAAUAUAGAUGACUGCAAUGUUCUGCAUCCAAAUCAAUCCAGGCUCACCACAGUGAUCACUACUUCACCAUCUACAACAACACCAUAUGAUCCAUGUGCAUCCAAUCCUUGCAUCCAUGGAAUGUGCCAAAACAGUGAUGUGUAUGACUACUCUUGCACCUGUGCAUAUGGCUACGUGGGUAGAAAUUGUGAGAAUAUCCUGAAGCAGUGUGAACUACUCCUUCCUUGUAGAAAUGGAGGCACCUGUACUGAUCUCCAUGGGUCCUAUAAGUGUGACUGUCGACUUGGUUACAAUGGACAGAAUUGUGAAAAAUUGGCAGAGAUUACCUAUGAUGUUGCAUUCAGAGGGGAUGGUUGGCUGGAGUUAGACAAGUCUGUGAUGACGCAUGAGGAGGAACGCGAGGUGUUAGGUUUUGAGAUUUCAACGAAUAAAACCAAAGGGCUAGUCAUGUGGCAUGGACAGACACCUAAUGACUUGAAUACUGACCAUUACAUGGCUCUAGCUGUUGUUGAUGGCUAUGUAGAGUACCAGUACAACUUGGGCUCAGGUCCGGUGGUGAUACGUGUCACUGCACAGAAGGUGGACGAUGGAGAGAGGCACAGAAUAAUCUUGAAACGCCAAGGAAGCGAUGGUAGUAUAGAAUUGAAUGGUGAACACAUGGAGAGUGGUGCUAGCUAUGGAACACAACAAAACUUGAACACCAGAGGCAACGUAUACUUAGGUGGAGUGCCUGAUUAUGCUAUGACUUAUGGGAAAUACCAAGAGGGGUUCUCUGGCUGCAUUUACACUAUGGAAGUCCAAGAUUCUGGUGCCAUAGACAUUGGAGAGAAGGCCAUAAGAGGAAAAAAUGUAUCACCAUGUACCAGAGCAAGAUGGAUCCCCUCAUCCUUGGUAUUUACCAACGCAGACACGGAUAUUUUUGACGCGUUUGUCCCCCCCCCGCCUGUGAACAUAAUCCACCCAAAACCAGCGGCCAAUCUGGCUGCUUAUAGCAUCAAGUGUUACUCAUUGUUGAUCUUGCUCCAAAAUUUCCUCGCGUUCACCAUGGACGUGCGAGAACAAAGUGUGCUUCUCAUAGUGUUAUGCAUGGACACCAUAAACGCGAUGAAAUGUAUAUUAAGUUAA